AUGGCUUUUAUGUUAAAAGAUUCUCCCGAAUGUACUAAAUCAGAAUUAGAACUUUUUCACAUACCUGGAACUCAGACUGUCAUUCAAAAUGGGCAAUGGAUUCAGUUUCAUCCACUUUCGAAUGUAUUUGAUGGAGGACCUGUUGAAUUCCUUGUUUCCGGUAGUGGAGAGGAGUAUAUGGACUUGUCCCAAACACUUCUUUAUGUAAAAGCUAAAAUAAUAAAAACGGAUGGAAAACCUACAGUAGCAGAUUCAAAGAUUGGUCCCGUCAAUCUUUUCCUUCACUCGCUGUUUUCUCAAGUGGACGUCACUCUAAACGAUCGAUUAAUCUCUUCUUCGAGCAAUACGUAUCCAUAUAGAGCUUAUAUAGAAACUCUAUUAAAUCAUGGGUUUGACAGUAAAACUUCGCAACUUACAUGCGAAAUGUUCUACAAAGAUACAUUUAGUAAAAUAUUUACAGAUAACGAAGGUUGGAUUAAGCGUUCCGAAUUUUUUAAAUUAAGUAAUACAAUAGAUAUGAUAGGGGGCAUUCACUGCGAUUUGUUUCAUCAAGAUAGACUAAUGUUGAACCUUGUAGAUUUGAAACUAAAACUUAUACGGAUUUUUAUGUAUUUCCCCUGUAUUUUGCUGCGUCUCAAAAUCGAAAAAAAUAUAAUUAUUGCUAUGCUUUCUUGCAGGAAUAUUACGAAGAAAACAUUGAUGUUCAUCUGA